CGCAAAACACAAUUUUAAAAUAAAAAAUCAUAUCCGGUAGCCAUACUGUUUUAAAAAGUGAUUCUUUUCCGUUUUGUUGUCGUGAAAAUGACGGGCUUUAGCAAUAAGGCCAUAGUAAUCGAUGGCCGCGGCCACUUGCUCGGCCGCCUGGCCGCAGUCAUCGCUAAAGUCCUGUUAGAGGGAAACAAAGUUGUAGUUGUUCGAUGUGAACAGCUCAACAUCUCUGGCAAUUUCUUCAGGAACAAAUUGAAGUUCAUGUCAUUCCUGCGAAAGCGCUGCAAUGUGAACCCAGCUCGAGGGCCCUUCCACUUCAGGGCUCCUUCUAAGAUCCUGUGGAAGACAGUCAGAGGCAUGAUCCCACACAAGACAGAGCGUGGGAAGGACGCGCUAAGGAGACUGCGCGCCUACGACGGCUGCCCGCCGCCCUACGACAGCCGCCGCCGCGUGGUCGUGCCCGCCGCCCUACGCGUCUUCUGCCUGAAACCCGGCCGCAAGUACUGUCACGUCGGCCGCCUGUCCCACGAAGUCGGCUGGAAGUACCGUGACGUCGUCCGCAAGCUCGAGGACAAGAGAAAGAUCAAGGCUGUCAAACGGGUGGCAUACGAGAGGAAACUCAAGAAAAUCACGAAGGAUGCUGGCGAGAAAGUUACAAAGGCUGUAGCGCCCUUCACAGCAGUUAUCCAAUCGUAUGGAUACAACUAGAAUAAGUGAAUUUUAAAAAAUAAACCUCUGGUUGCCCAAA